AUGGUCAAACCCUGGCACACAUAGAGGUUGAGAAAACGAUGAUUAACUACAAUGGAAUGGAUUCCCCUGCAAUGCAUGGAUUCCUGACAUGAGAUCUGCAAGUGACGGGUAAGCUUCAUGAAGGAAUCAUGCCAUUUGUCUUGAUCUGUGGACUGCCUAGCAGUGGGAAGACUUGCAGAAGCAAAGAGUUAGAAGCUUACCUUGUGUCCAACCACGGUGAUCGGGAGGUAACAACGGUGGGAGAUGAUUAUAUUGGAGCAGACAGGAACACCGCUUAUGCCGAUUCCAAAAAGGAGAAGGAGAUUCGCGGGACACUUAAGUCAGCAGUGAUUAGAAAACUCUCCAAAGAUAGUGUACUUAUCCUGGACUCCUUAAACUACAUCAAAGGUUUUAGAUAUGAGCUGUACUGUGCCGUCAAGUCAUCUCAAACACCUCACUGUGUGAUUUAUUGCGAUACUACUGCAAACGUAGCUUCAGAGUGGAACACAAACAGACGACCGGAAGAAAGAUACUCACAAGAAAUAUUUGAUGCCUUGGUGAUGCGGUUUGAACCACCUGAUGCAAAAAAUCGUUGGGACUCCCCGCUCUUCACGGUGCAUGCGGAGGAUGAACUUCCAUGUCAGGCGAUAUGCGAUGCCAUAUUCAGUAGGAAAGCCCCACCUCCCAGCUUGUCCACCGUCUCGCAACCCCUAUCUGCGACCAAUUUCCUCCAUGAGUUGGACAAGAUAACUCAGGAAAUUGUCACAACACUUAUUGCAGCUCAGAAGACAAGCCUUCCUGGUGACAUCGUCAGUAUUCCUGGGUCACAAGAUAAAAUCAACCUGACAAGGAGUGUGAGCGCUGCCGAGCUACAGCGUAUCCGUCGUCAGUUCAUCACUUACACCAAGCUUCAUCCAGUGGAGGAUGUAGCCAAGCUGCAUGGCAUGUUUGUACAAUAUCUCAACAACGGCAUCAGAUGAUACCUGUGUAUGUUUGCCAUCAUCAAUUUUUUUGUAUGAAUGUUUUUAAACCUUGCCUGCUCCAAGCCCUGUUAAGAACACCUGCACAGUAUAUAUCUAAAUAUAGGAUGAACACUCCUAGGCCCAAUUUCACAGCGCUGCUAAGCACACAAUUUUAUGCUGACAGGGGCUCUGUAUAUUUCGUGGAGACUGUAAGUGGUAAGCAUGGUAAAAGGCAUGCUAUCCUUGUAGGAAAAAUUUGCUUAACGUAUCGUGACAAAACAAUGGAAAUCUCUGUGCGCACGCACUCAUAAGCACAACCAUGACAAGCACCGUCAUGAAAUCGUGCUUACAGUUAGCAAACUUUCUACUAUAGUCAGCACAACUUCUCUGCUAACUGUUGAGCAGUGCCAUGACAUCGGGCCCUGGCUUCAGGUGCAAUAGGCUGUACCUCCGCUAGAAAAACUGCGACUGAAAGUGCUUCUAGUUUUGGAGUUUCGUCUUUCUCGCUGCAUCCCCCAUACCAAAAUAUGGGAUGUGUCAGUCAUUUCACUUCAGGGGAUGAUUGUCAAACAUCACACUGUUUUCUCCACUUGGCAUAACUGCUGUUGUGGGUACUUUAUAUAGCUGGUGUCAAGUAAUAUAGGGAAGAGAUGGUAGUAAACAUCAAAUCAAUUCUAACUAGGUUGACAUUGUGGAAAAUGUGUCACUUUUAGAGUCGGUGUUCAGUAUGAACCUAUUUAACAGGGCAUGCAAGUUUUCCUUGGAUCAGCUGAUUUCCUUGUUUUUCACUGCACAGUCACGCUAUUGAAAGUUGAAAAAUACUGUACAAAGUCUUGUAAACGUAAGAAUUUCCUUAUUUUUGGUCAAAGUCCAAGUUGCAUGCCUGUCUUCAAAAGCAACCUUUUGCAUUGGAUUUACAACCCCCAUCAACUCUAGAUAUGAUAAUUCUGGUUAUCUGAUUUCAUACAUGCCAUUAGAAAUUGGGCGGCCACCCCACAGACCAGUCAGAAUAAAGUAACAAACACUGCAAAGAUUUGUGCUCUUUUUUAGUUAUACAGUCUUUAUUUCUCAAAAACCAGGGACUGUAGAUCAAAUGCUAACUGUACUGUUUUAUCUCGUGAACUUGGGUUUGCAACAUUAGGGACUGUUUGACAGUUAACUGUCUGAUGGUAUUUGAAACCAGAUUUUGUUAAGUUGCCACCUGCUGGCAGUAAUGCCAUUGCAGAACUUGAAUAAAAACAGAGCAAAUAAUGAAACUA